GUUCAGCCUCUUGUCCCUGCUUGGUUUCCGUAGCGAGCGAGGUAAGGGUGCAGUUGGUAGCGGCAGGUGAUUGCGAGGAUUCACGGACUAGCUCUCGCCCGAAAGCCUUCACAGUUAAACGUCGCGACGCUGACGUCACAGGAGGGUGUCCGCAAAGCGUAUUCCAAGACACAAUUUAAUAAGGACCUCCUAAAUUAUACAAAAGAUCUGUUAAACAAGGAUGGCAUCUGCUGUGGUGAGCACGGUUCCUACCACUGCGUCCCGUUUUGCACUUCUACAAGUUGACAGUAGCAGUGAUUCUGACUCUGAGAAGACCAGGGGAACACGUGGAAGCGGGAAAUCUCGACCCACGUCUGGUACAAGUGGAAAGAACACAAAUGAAAAGAAAAAAGAAAAGAGGAGAAAAAAGAAGGAACAACAACACAGCGUGGCCAAUGAGCUAAGGAACAUUGCUUUUAAGAAGAUUCCACAGAAAUCCUCGCAAUGUACGAGUGUAGCCCACAUAGAUCAUGUAUCAGGCAGCAUACCAAAAAAAGCCCAGGAAGAAGAUUGGCAGCAGUGGCGACAAAGAGAUGAGCAGAUUACAUCUGAUAUGUUUGAAGCAGAUCUGGAGAAGGCUUUAAUUAUCAGUAAACUAGAAUAUGAGGAGCACAAGAAAGAUCAUGACAGUGGAGGAAACGGUUCACCUCAGUCGAAAAGAGUGAAUAAAAAAGAUAAAAGAAAAAAUAACCAAGGGAAGGACAAGCCUCUCACUGUGUCACUGAAGGACUUUCAAUCAGAAGAAACCCACAACAAAAAAACAGAGGAUGCAAAAUUGCCCCCUGUUUUACCACAGGACCGUGAAUUUUUCAAUAAAUUAGAAGAUGAUGUCAGCAAAAUACUUCUAAAGGAGAAGAGAAAAGAGCAAAACAUAUAUCUAGAUUCAGCGGAAAACUAUGUGUCUGCAGAGUACGUUCCGGAACCGGCACUGAAAGAUGGCAAAACGGAAAUGUUAAAGCUGGAGAUAGAGAAGAAAGACACAGAGAUACAACAGCUUACACUUGUCAUUUCUCAGUGGGAGACAAAGUACAAAGAAGUGAAAGCUAGAAAUGCGCAACUUCUCAAAAUGUUGCAAGAAGGUGAAAUGAAAGACAAAGCGGAAAUCCUCCUGCAGGUGGAUGAAUUGCUCUCUAUUAAAAAUGAAUUAACCUCUCAGGUCACGGCGUUGCAUAUCGCAUUAGAACAAGAAAGAUCUAAAGUGAAGAUUUUACAAGCGGAACUAGUGAAAUACCAGAGUGGUAAAAGAGGUAAAAGGUGUUCCGAAUCUGAUCAUGGACGGUGAUCAAGCCUUUCCCAGCUCUCUGACGCUCACACCGUUUUCUAAAAGGACUAACUUUCUUGCGGUUUGGAAAUACUGCUGGCCAAAUGCCAUACUUUGUUAGUUUUUCAUGUUAAAUAAAACCUAUUCUUCCAUUUGCACAA